UUUACUACAAUGUCAAAAUCAGCUGUGAAAAGUAUCAAGCGAACUUUUAUAGAUAACAUAAUCAAAAAAAUUUUAAUAUCAUUUAAUAAGUACGAAUUUAUAUUCGGGAAAAUAAUUACAAUAAACACUGUUCAAUUAUGUUAUUAUAUAUUUAAUCUCUUUAUUUUAAAUACCUUUUAUAUUGAAACGGAUCUUCUACGUUGAUGCCAUAAAUUUAGAGUAAUGUUAAAUAAUUUCCAAUGCACUUGUAAGGUACCAAACAACAAGCAGCAAAUGUCCAGCCACCGAAAAUACACGUUUGGCUUCCUAGUAAAAUUGGCUGAAUUGAACUGGUUCUAAUCCGCUUUUAUAAAAAUCAGGAUAGAAUAUAUAAUAACAGAUCUUUUAAAAAUAUAAGCCUAAAACGCCUGAACGCCUGAAAAUGCCUAUCGUGCCUAUUGUAAAGAAGAGAAUUAAAGUCAUCGUUAUUUCCUCGAUCUUUCUGAUAUUACUGAUUAUACUGUAUCGUUCACUUUUAAAACAUCGUACUAAUGGUGGUGGCGAGUCAAUUCAAAACUUUGAUAAAUAUGAUUGGACACUAUCCAACUCGCACAUUGGUGAAAAUGCCGAAAAAGAUCUUACCAAUGUUCCUCAACAUACACAGCAACAGCUUCUGAAUCAAUUAGAACACGCAAAGGUCCAAAUUGCAAUAUUAGAAGAUCGUGUUCGUGCCUUAGAGACAAGCACUCCAAGGAAAUAUCCACAGGUUAAAUACUUAAAUUAUAAAAAUCGAAAACGAAUUCUAAUUACCGGUGGAGCCGGUUUUGUCGGUUCACAUCUAGUGGACACACUCAUGGUUCAAGGUCACGAAGUCAUCGUUGCGGAUAAUUUUUUCACUGGUCGUAAACGGAAUGUGGAACACUGGCUUGGACAUGAGAAUUUCGAACUAAUUCAUCAUGACAUUGUUAAUCCACUGUUCAUUGAGGUAGAUGAAAUUUAUCACCUUGCAUCACCAGCUUCACCUCCACAUUAUAUGUAUAAUCCAGUGAAGACAAUUAAAACAAAUACCAUGGGUACGAUCAAUAUGUUGGGAUUAGCUAAACGUGUAAUGGCCAAAGUACUUAUAGCUAGUACAUCGGAAGUAUACGGUGAUCCAACUGUACACCCACAACCUGAAACAUAUUGGGGUCAUGUAAAUCCCAUUGGACCGCGAGCCUGUUAUGAUGAAGGCAAACGAGUUUCAGAAACACUCAGCUACGCUUAUGCAAAACAGGAGAAUGUGAAAGUUCGCGUAGCACGAAUAUUUAAUACCUACGGACCGCGAAUGCAUAUGAAUGAUGGGCGUGUUGUGUCCAAUUUCAUACUACAAGCACUGCGUAAUGAAACUAUAACCGUCUAUGGUAAUGGCAAGCAAACUCGUUCUUUUCAAUAUGUCUCUGAUCUCGUUGACGGGCUAAUUUCCUUAAUGGCUUCUAAUUACACACAGCCAGUUAAUUUGGGCAAUCCUGUAGAGCAUACAAUCGAAGAGUUUGCAUGGAUCAUAAAAAAAUUGGUGGGCGGUAAAAGUGAAGUAAAACAAACGGAUGCCGUUGAAGAUGAUCCGCAGAGGCGUAAGCCUGACAUAACACGAGCAAAAACCAUUCUCAAUUGGGAACCAAAAGUUCCACUACAAACGGGUUUAUAUCGCACGAUCAGCUAUUUCCGACAUGAACUAGAAAGAUCUGAUCGCUUUCAAAAAGACUCUAAAAAAUAUUUUGAUUCUCCUGAUUUAGAACGGAGUCAACAUGAUAGGCAGAAAUUUGUACCAGACAAAACCUAGUAUUGUUCCGUUGAGUACUGGUAUAACUAGGUUCGAUAUUUAAGUGUUUGUGUUAGACCUGCUAAAAAUUAAAGAUAUUGUGAAACAAUUAUUUAAAAAAAAAUAGUGUCAGAAAAAAAAAUUAUAGAAUUUAUAAUUAUGUAAAGCAUGUUGUAUAUUAAUGUAUGGAAAGUAGACACUCGAUUGCUUUAAGAUUCUCAUGCCAUAAGCUAAGCUAAAAAGGCAACUAUUUAUCACUAGUCCUUCACAAAAAUAUAUACGGUUUUUUAUUUCAGAAUGUUUGUAUGUUAAUUUUUUACCUUAGACCUUAGAAAACUUAAUAAAUUUUAUUUAAAAAAAAAAUAAUAUUUGUAAAGUUAAUAAUUCUUACUAAAGGAAGCUUACUCUUACAUUUUUGCCAAAUUCCCAAAAUGAAAAUAUUUCUAUGGAAUAUUACUAGAAAUUCGAAGAUUUACCAAACCAAAAUUAAAUAGAGAUUAUCUGUUAGUCCUUUGAGUGCGCUUUCGUUAAAUUUCAUUAGCGUAGCCUUUGGUAAACGGCAGAUCGCUCCAAAUAUAAUCGGCAUAUUUUUUAAAGCUAAAAAUUUUAAUAUUAAAUUUUUCGGUAAGCAAAUUAAAAUACUAGCUAAAGUAUAUUAUUAGCUAAAACGAAAAACAUACUCGACAUACAAAAAAAAAAACAAAGUUCAAUCAUUAUUUAUUUUAGUUUCAGAAAUAUGCAAACAGUUGCUCUUUAAUAUCUCAAUGUAUGUAUAUAUUUUCUAAAAUUUCUGUGAUACACAUUAAUAUUACCUAACACAUUAUUACUACCACUUAAAAGCUACUUGGCCCUUAUUGUCUAAGCUAACUUCUAUAUUAUUUACAAAAAAUCAUCUACAAAGUAUUUGUUAAUGAUAUAAGUAUGUAUAUGCAAUGCACAUACAUACGUACAAAUGUACAUAUAUGGGAUAUACAAUACAAAUAUAUGUAUUUUGGUUUUAAUUAGCAUUUUUUUUUUCUAUAUGACUGUUACAAAGGAGGUAUUUCGUAAGUUAUACCAUUACUGGUAUUUUCAUUUAUUGUGCAAUAUUUGAUACCAUAUACCAACUCGAAACGCGAAUAAAACUUUGCAUUUCACAUUUAGAGCUAUAAUGUUACGAUUCUUUUUCCAAGGCUAUAAUAGGCUUUCAAUUCAGUAUCAUUUAAAAGCAUAUUACUUAACGAAAUUUUAAAAGAUUUCAAUAACUAAAUUUUGAUUUCAUCGAAAAGCUUAAAAAAAGAAUAACAAAUUAUAUUUACUUACAUAAAUAUGUAUACAGUGAAAUUCUUGUGCUGAGAAAAUAAAAAAAAUUUCCUUUUACAUUGUUUUAAAAGCAUGACUGCUUAGUCCCUUUGCCUCAAAAUAAUAAACAAUUUUUAUUUUAGGUUAUGAAAUUAAUAAUUGAAAAACUCAAUUCAUAUUUAGCAGAAAAUGGAAGAUGAAAUAAAUUGCAAACUAUAUAUCUGUACACAUGUACAUACAUAUAUAAAGAUUGUGUUUUUGACCUUUUGGCAUAAAUAUCUAACCAUUGAGGUGAUACCUGUACUUGUAGAUAAGAAUGUAUUCGCUUGACUUGAGAUUAUAAUUGCUCACAUAAAUCAUUUGCCGAGUCAUAAAUUUACACUAGAAAUCAAUAACUUUUAGAAUGUCUCACACAAAUUAUGUACGCAUCUUUUAAUAUAUAAUUUUUAAAGCCAAAAACAAAUUAUCCGAAACUACCGAGAAUCAAACUUUUCUGAUAUUGUUAUAUGUUAUAAGAAAAAAACAAAUUUUCGAGCUACCAUUUGAUUUGCUGCAAUUCAAAAUAGUUACUUACUUUUCUCUAAAUUUGAUUGUACAGUGCUUUAGUUUUACUCUUAGCAUAACUGCAUAGCCUUGUGAGGUAAAUUGUAUGUACAUACAGUCUUUCCAAUCGACUGAAAGAUAUUGCUCACGAAAGAAUUUGUAAAUAAACCAAAAUCUGAAUUGUUUAGCAAAGUGUUAUGUAUGUUUGUAUAUUUGUGGUUAGAAAUAAAUUCGAUACUUUAACCAUUGAAAGCCCCGCUAUCAUGCUACACAAACC